UCGACGUUUCAGAGUUGGUGAACAAGAACUCUGCUGAAAAUCAACAGGAAAUAUGCUGUGAACGACACAGCAACUGUUAAUAUUUCGUUUAGGAAGAGUAUAUGCAUUGAUCUGGGUGAUAAUCUAAACUUCAGGCGUCCAAUUCUCGGGUGAACUUCAAUCUCAAAAACAACUCUUCAAAGUUUUUCGCUUGGCUGUGUUUCUGCGUUUGGCUCAGGGUUAGGGGCCGCUUGCCAGAGCCUGCCGUGGUUUGUAUCAGUGCUGUACAAGAGUCAGGGAAGGAGCCCCCAGCCAACCGACCGAUCGACCAUGAUGGGAGCAGCAACACUACACCGUUGCAAGAGAAGCUGACAAUUGUGUUGUGAUGUGAACUCCACAUUCAUGAAGGUCGGCAGCGGGAAGAGAGAACCAUGGAAUUAUCUUUCUAGAAAUGGAAGACAAGUUGAUUGACAAUGUGAAAGGCGAAUCACAGCCCCACCCUGAAUCUCGGAGGGUAACUCUCCCUUCAGCUUCAGCUCCACAGGCUGAGGAGCCCAGUGUGUCUGGUGUCAGCUACAGGAGGUCGCAUACUGCCCCUCUUCUCAGCACAUCCGACCAGGAGACUUACAAGGAUCUCUACAAAGAUAUUGAAAGUCUUAAGAACAUCGAUUUCAUCAAAACUUACAGCCGUUUACGAAGACCGCAAGGCCUUAAAACUAUGUCAACAACAACAUCACCCAUAGGUUCACCAACUCUGAUCUCCCCCACUGCUGACACGGGCAAUGUGGGAAUAAGCUCUGGCCGCAGGCUCAAUCGUAGUCUCAGUUUAAAACUUCUCACAGAGAGGCUCAAAAGCGGCCGGCCUCCAACUGAGGCUUCUAGUUGCAAACCCAGCACUCGUGAAACUCCCACAAGAGAUUUCAGCCAAACUUCAGCAUUCGGUACAUUGAGGAGGGUUUUUCCAAAAAAGUCCAGAAAUAUGUCUGAGCUUGUGACAACAAGACCUGACACUCCCCAUGCUACUGAUCCCAAAGUGACCUCAGAGACAGAAGAGGGUGAUGCCAAGGAACAGAGUUCAGACAAAAGUACUGUGAUAGAUUCAGACGGAGACAAAAGGCAGCAAAGUAAUACCACUGAAGAAGGCAGAGAGAGUCCACUAUGUGAGGCACAACCUGAAGACAUUUCUCACAAAGAGGAAGAAGACAAGAAAACAUUCGUGUCUUCUUGUGUUCUUGGCAUGCCUCAGACAAAAGACACGAAGUCCACAGGCAACACCGAUGACUCCUCAGAGAAAGUAACAAAGAAAGGCGGAGACUUAUCUGAGGAUGAGGGUGUGGAGUCUGGUGACCAGACUUCUGUUAAGUCUGUGGAUUCCAAAGUUCCUGCAUCACAGCGUCCGCAGAGGCGCUCAGGAGCUGCGUCUUUGGCUAUGUCAGGGAAGGUUCAGGAAAUGUUUGCUAAUCUUGCUGCUGGUGAUGAAAAUCAGGGUGAUUCUGGCAAACAGGACGAACAGACGCCUAGACGAAUUUCAAGAAGAACUGAAAAUGGGGUCAGUGGCACAGGUCAGAAAACGUCGUCUUUGCGAUUUGUGACACAUCCUCCACAGACGAAAACAUCAGUUCACGAAGGUGGAUCUGUUGACAGUAAUGGGUUAGGUUCUCUCAAGGCACAAGAGAGAGCAUUUCUGUCAGAUCCAAGUAAAUUAGGUCCACAAGAAAGUAAUUUGUCUCUGACGGACAGCCAUAUCAGUGGCGCUGAUUCAGAUUUUGACUCCUCUUAUUCCGAAGUUGUGCAGGGUGCUACAAGUGAUGGGAGUGAUCCGGACAAAUUUGAAAAACGGAAUGGGAAAUCAUUAAAACAGAAAUCCAAAAGUGAUCCAAGUGGCGCAAAAGCGCGCGAUGGUGUGGAAUUGCCAGAUUCUCCAAAAAGUAGCCAUACCCAAAGUGCUCCCGACAUUGGUGAAGAGAAAAGAGAGUCCUCUGGCUUACCAGAGUUCAAAGUCACUGAAGAUGAAGCCAAAUGCAGGUCAGAGGAUGUGUUGUCAAAACAUGGGACAGAAGUGUCUCCAGAGCGGGAGACUGAGACACCCACUUCUUACACAGUCUCUCAUGACCCAUUGACUUCAGGUAGAGAAUCUGGCAAUGACCCUGGGGACUCUCUCAGUCCCAGAGAGCUACACACCAGGUACGGUGGCUAUUCUCAUAGUCCCUCCCCUAGCAGGACAGACAGUGGGCGUCCCAAACGUAGGUACGCCAGCCCUUCCUCUACCAAGUCCCCAUCUGCACCAUCUCAUGACAGAUCGUAUCCAUUCACUGAAAAAAAUCAUCCAUAUACAUUGUUGUUAAGUGUUCCGCCGCCUCGGAAGCCCAUUCUGAGGAGUGCUAGUUCUGCAAGUGUCCUUCAGCGAGACAGACGAGGGUACUACUCCCCUGCCCCGUCCUAUAUCAAAGACACGGAGCCAGUAAGGAAGUACAGUGCCACCACGGAUGAACCGCCAAGUGCCAGCGCUCUGCGAUCAGGCACCUCAGUGCCAGAGUUUCCACCGUCCAUUGGAGAUUCUGUGGGCGCCUUGGCAACAAGCAUGCCUGAUGUGUGGCAACAAACACCGCCACCAAUGACACCUGAGACGGACAUCCCGUACCAGUUCUUCAAGGACAAGAGAUAUCACAUUGUGGAAGAGCUCUACAGGAAUGAGAAGGAGUAUGUGGAUGCCCUUAAGACCCUUAAGGAUAAAUACAUGUCUCCGUUGAAGUCUCAGAAUGUUCUGGAUGAGUCCGUGGUGGAUCACAUUUUCUACAUGGUUCCUGAAAUCUUAAUUCAUCACUCAAUUUACCUGGAUUUUCUGGACAAAGUCUGGAAGAACUGGGACAGCCGCAACAGUACUGUUGGCAACAUUAUCGUUAGCAUUUUUUCCAAACAAACAGUGCUAGACAGUUAUUUGUCAUUUGUGGAAAACUACAAGAGUUCUGGAAAAGUCAUAGAAAGUGCUUUAUUAACCAAAUCUUCUGUCUCAAAGUUUCUAGAUCUCUGUCAGCGAGAAUCUGGUAGUAAACUGACCAUCAAAGAUCUGAUAGUCCGCCCCAUACAGAGGAUACCCCGAUAUGAACUUCUGCUUCAGCGUUUAAUUGAGAACACACCAAAGAAUCACCCGGACGCUCCGCUUCUACAGGAGGCGGAGAAAGUGAUGCAUGAUCUGGCUGUGAAAAUUGGAACUGCUACGGAGAGCAAACAGGAGGAAGACAUGCAGGAAACGCUCAAGAAAUUAGAAAUGUUGCUAGUCACAGAGCUCAAUGCCCCAGACAGAACAUACCUGAGGCAUGAUAUGGUGCAGAUUUCGAACAAGAAGGAUAUGUGCUGUGUGUGGCUGUUCAGUGAUGUCCUGAUCAUCAGUAGUGUGAAGAGAAAGAGUGGGCCAGUCACACGGAAAGUUUCCAUUAUUCUGAAAACUCCAUAUGGUCAGGAUUAUGCUGAGAAUAUCAAGCAUAAGACCUGGCUUAGAGUGGGCCUGGAUGACAUCGAGAUCCUCAAGAGCUCACUCUCAAGAUGGCCAACAUUUGAUAAGGAACAGGUGGAGGAUGACCUAGUUUUACUGAACCAAAUGAAUGAGCUGUGCACCCAGCUGCAGUGUAACCAUCAGAUGCUGGACGAGGCUCUGAAGGAUCUGAUGUCCAGUUUGAAUGACCAGCUGAGCGAUUACCAAACACGAAAUCCAUCCUCGGAAUCCAAUAAGCUUGAGCUCUUAGUCACAACUCAGGAAGGCGUUUUACACCUGCUUGUCAUAUUUGCAUCACCGGAGAAAAGGGCAGUGUGGGAGGCUACAUUCUCUGAUGCAAAACUCAAACUAUCAUUACUAUCUGACAAGAGAGCCCCAGAGUUUUUGCAGCCUUUACAGAUCACUAAAACUAGAGCUGGGAUGCAGUUCUCGUGCGCCGCCCCCAUAGAUGGCCUUAAUGCUAACGGUUACCGGGAUGUGUGGGUGUGUAACAGCGACGGAUAUGUGGGUCACAUGUGCCUGCUGAGUUUACAGCCUGAACCAAUCGUCACGUUGAACACGCCAGUUCCAGGCUGCAAUGCGCGCAUUCUCUGUAUAUGCGCUGUACCAGCAUUCAACGGACCAUUUAGGAGGAAGGGAAGUAAUAAGAGCUACAGACAGAGGACGACCUCAGGCCGUGUCAGCCCCCACGUGACGAUAGAGUGCCCUGAAACGGCCAGCUAUGGGGGUGAUGAGGACGGUUACCAGUCGGACUCCGAAUCCAGUGAUGAUGACCCUAUAGCUUUCAAAGCUAACAGGGAAGAUGACACGCUGCUCAAAGAAAGUGAACCCUUACCAUCACCUGUAACAUCUGAGCCAAUGACGACCACAGGAUCCUGGACACAAGACCCCCACAAGAGCACCAUGUGGCUGGGGACAGAAGAUGGCUGCAUCCAUAUAUUCCAGUGUACAGAUAACAUCAAGACAACAAAGAACAAACUGAAGAUCCAGCAUGGUGCUUCUGUGUAUUGUAUAGUGUAUCUAGACAACAAGGUGUUCCUCUCUCUGGCCAAUGGGAUAGUUGUGGUCUACAGGCGAGAUCAAGAUGGUUUUUGGGUCACUGAUGCACCCAUCAUCCGUUGUCUGGGCAGUGCGAAUGCUCCAAUCACCAAGAUGUUAGCCGUGGCGGGGAAAAUGUGGUGUGGCUGUCAACAGAAUAUCUUUGUCGUCAACCCGGGCACUCUGAAAACUGAGUGCUCCUUCACUGUGACCCCAGAGAGCAGCGUCCAGUGUCUGGUGACCUCGGGUCAGGGGGUGUGGAUUGCCUGUCAGCAGAGUGCCCGCGUCCUCCUCUAUCAUGCCACAUCCUACGAGUACCUGCUGGAGGUCAGCGUAGCGCAAGCUGUCUCUCAGAAACUACAAUCUGCGGAUGAUAUCAUCCGUCAGCAUAAGGCGGCGUGUCUGCGAAUCACAGCCCUGCUCAUCUGUAAGGACCUGCUGUGGGUGGGCACAAGUGCAGGGGUAAUCCUCACCAUCCCCAUCCCCAAGAUCACUUCCACGACCACCAGGGGGACGCUGACUGUACCAGCUGUAACAGGAUUGGUGUACGGUCACACAGGCCAUGUGAGGUUCCUGACAACCAUAGAAAUGCCAACAACAUCCUCGCAGAAACUGGAGAUCAACAGCUCAGAUGAACAGGCCAAUGAAAACUUGUCUCUCUCAGACAUUCAGCGACGGGCAUCCAUGGCAACCCCGGCUACCAUGGCCACCCGCAUGUUGAUAAUCAGCGGGGGAGAUGGAUAUGAGGACUUUCGUAACAAUGCGUCUAAUGAGGCAGCAGGAAGAGAUGACAGUACAAACCAUUUGCUCCUGUGGCAGGUUUGAUUGUUUGACAUCAGCAUGGGGGGAAUUCCUCGGUGUGAUGAACAUGAUGAUGUGAUAUGAACUACAUGACAAAUGUAACAUACAGGUGAUCUGAUUGGCACCUCAUAGCUUUGCCUGUCACAGUACAUGGCAAAUCUGACAUAUGGGUGCUCAGACUGGCACCUCACAGCUUUGCCUGUAACAGUGCGUGGCAAAUCUGACAUAUGGGUGCUCAGACUGGCACCUCACAGUUUUACCUGUCACAGUACGUGGCAAAUCUGACAUAUGGGUGCUCAGACUGGCACCUCACAGUUUUACCUAUAACAGUGCGUGGCAAAUCUGACAUAUGGGUGCUCAGAUUGGCAUCUCUCAGCUUUACCUGCCACAGUUUGUGGCAAAUCUGACAUAUGGGUGCUCAGACGGGCACCUCACAGCUUUACCUGUCACAGUACAUGGUAAAUUACAUCUUUUUUGCCUGGAACCUUUUGUAAGUCCAAUUCUAACACACACUGUAAGUCACUAAAAUGAAUGCAUUUAGCUAGUCUAUUUUUACUGAAAAAUUUAAACCAUGUAUUUUUACCGUUCGGGAGGGAAUUCUUUAUAUACAAAAGUUGUUAUUUUCAGCGGUUUUCUGGUUAGUAUUGUCCAUUUGGAGGGAAAUUUUAACAAUGGAAGAUGGUUUAUUGCUUUGUUUUUCCUUGAUUUUUCCUUGAUAGUCAUGUUUGUUACUGAAUCAGGCAAAUGAAUCUCAAGUGGCAGACUUUUCAAGUGACUUUGAAGUGACUUAUAACCUUCCACAGUUCUGGCGUAGGAUUUCAAAUUUCAUUGUGAGAUUAUUUUUACAGGUAUUAUUUGAAAACUUUCCUUACUGAUGACCACUGUAUUAUGCUAAAUGUCACAUGUCUUACAUAGUUAUUAUAUUUUUGGAGGCUGGUUGCUGCAUCAUAGAACAUGGCUGACUUUAGGAUAUCUGUCAUCCAUGUUAGUGGGUAGGGCAGCUCACCUCCAAGAGUAAGGCCUUGUUGUUGUUCUGUAGACUUUAUGCAAACAUUCUGUAUUUUUAUGCACAAAUGGUGCUUGAUGGUGUUACCCACGUGCUAAUAAAUGUUAUACUGUAUUAAGGAGGCCCACAGCCCAUUUUUGUAGGAUUUGAUUCUGUAUUUUAAAGAGGAAGUGUCCAAGGCCGUUGUGUGAACUAUGUGAGGACAAUACUCAAAGGUCAUAGAAAACUUCUGAUUGCACUGUUACACAUACAGGCUUUACAUGAACUUCAUGAUGUGUGGCUGUAUUAUUGUUUACACUUACAUCAUAACAAGGUCAGACAGUGCUGUUUAUUGUGAACUAUCUGUAAUCUCAUUUCCACAUUGUAUCAAGAUUAUCUGACUAUUUGCGUAUUGUGGUCGCAGUAUGGAGUAUUUGAGUAUAUAGGUAAGCGCAUGUUGUGUUAUAUCCAAGUCCUAGUAUGUGCAAUGUGUCCUGUGAGACAGUAUACAAGUUUUAUGUGUUGUUAAGCCUUUUUGAGCUAUGAACUGUGUUAGUCUCAUUUAUCUAAGGUUAUCUAUCACUUUUGUUUUAUUUAACUACAUGUACAUUUUUUUUUAAAUACUUGUGUAUGGAGUUACCUGUCUAUUUUGAUAUAUUUUUUUUUGGAAUUUGUGGUUUUAGUUUACGUACCUGUGAGAUUUAGCCCCACCCCCCACCUGUAGUUGUCAGAACCAUAUUAGCUCACUUUGGUUGGAGUACAUGUAUGUUAUUCCAUUGUUCCCAGAGCCUGAGGCAUUGUGUAGGACCAGUGGUGUGAUGUGUCAAAACAUUUCAGGCGAAUUUAUGUGUAUUAACCUUUGAGAGUCCUCUUGCUAAUAGUUUUACUUGCUUUAUUUUUUUUUUGUUCUUUUUUUGGCAUCACCAUAUCUUGGUUGAAGUUUUUGUGGAGAAAAAAAAUCAAAAUUGUUAUAGAAAGAAGAGCUGUAUUCUGUUGAAUAAUCUAAAAGGUAUUUGAUAGUAAUCAGCAUAUUGAUAUAUAUGGCAUCAUAUCAUAUUUUUUCACGUUAAUAUUCUGUGUAUAAAAAAUUAAUAUAAAUAACUAUUAUAAAUGAAUUUAAAGUUAAUUAUAUAUUGUACUAAUGUUGCAAUUGAUGUAAUGAUUUGUUAUGUAAUGCAGUACAUAUACCGGUACCGUAAAUUCCCUACAGAGUUAACCUCAAAUUUCAUUAAUUAUUUUGUUGUGGUGUGUAUUUUUUAUUUGAAUUUGAAUUCUCCAUUUUAUUGUUGUUUUCCUGACUAAGCAGGUCUCCCCCAUGUGACUUUUCUCUGAUUGGUCUUGUCAUGCCACAGGCUUUGGUUUGGCUGACACGUGCACAGUCGUUAUAUCAGGGCUGCUGGGGGGUUGCAUUUGCGCUUAUAUAGCAGUAUUACUACAAAGUUUUUGGUAAUAUUGACUGUAUAUAGGUGAUAUUUAAUAUAUCUAGUGUGCAACGGUUACUUUUGCAUUUUGUGUAGAUCUAUACUGAACCAAAGCUGAAGAAUCCCAGAUACCUUUACAGUAUGUGCGUAUGUAUGUGUUGCCUACAUUUCUUUUGAAAUGGGUCUAACUAUAUUUCAGUUAAAUUCUUUGAUACUCUUUAUAAUUCUUAUGGUGUCUCAUCUGUAGAUAAUCACUUAAUGGACAUGUAUAUAUACCUCUGGCUUACUCUUUGAAGUCUAGCACUAUUUGUACACCUUGACUCAACUCCCCCACAGGCAGAACGACACAGCAAAUAAGCAAGCACACAUACUCCUCACAGCUUCCUCAGUUGAUAACCAAUCAUUAAUGUGUUAAUUCUCCUGGAAUCAUUCAUACUUUCACUAGUUCAUAUCAGAUAAAAGGUAUAUUGUUCUCUCCCUCCCCUUAAAGAAAAUAAAU